AUGAGCUACGCCGUAGACUCUACUGCUUUGCGUCUCAAGCCCACUUCAUCUGAAUUAACGACGCACAAAAAAAGGCAGCGACCGUCUGAAACUACAGCAGUUCCUAGCACGAAGGACAUCUGGACGUGGACACUCACAUCCGAAGCCACAGCACCCUGCCAUGUUCGCGAUGUAUUUGAGAUGAUAGAGAAUCCCGAGGACUAUGAUUUCUAUUGGUUAGGACGGGUUCCAUGUAGGAACGUUCGUCUUGUGGGACUUGUGAUCGGGGUUAGCGUGUAUCCUAAGAAGAUUGUCUACUCCAUUGAUGAUGGAACGGCAGUGGUCGAUUGUACCCAUAGCCAAACUCCAAGUCCUUUGAAGAACCGCACACAAAAUGUUGCCAAAUCAGGCGAGGUAAAGAAAGCCUGUUUGCCCCCCAUGCCAACACCUAAGGCGGAAGUAGGCGAUUUCAUCCAAGUUGUGGGAAGAGUGCAGAAGCGUUUUGAAAGACAGGUGGUCGUCAGUCAAUUGUCACGUUCAUCGCCAAAUGGCGAACUCGAACACUGUAGGCUUGUUCGAGGGCUACAUAUAACGUCCUAUUCCCUCUUAAGCCCGUUCGCCAUUCCUUCCUCUGGCUCACCACACCAUGAAAGUAAUGGCGUCUUGAAGCACUCGCCACCGACGAAGCGCACCUUUUCGCCUUCACCGGCGCCGCAAUCCAGCCCGCCCACAUCGGUAGCAUCUAGUCCGGCGAAGUCAAGCGUUACACAACUAUCUCCACGGAAACUUCGGCAUCCGUCUCGGCUGCAUUCGAAAGAUUUCACUGCGAACACAUUUCGGAUCUACAUGAAACAUUAUAUGGACAAUUUGCCGGACCUCGUGUCCCCAAUUUACCAGGUCGAGUCACUAUCGGACUGUGAGUCCGAUGCACAGAUCGGCAGGUCCCUAGCUCAGACCCCUGCGUCUCCCACGAAACGUUCCCAAUUUGAUUCUGCAGUCGUCAGAAAUACUGAAGACUUUGCUACUCCUCGUCCAGUAAUUAAAGUGGUGGAACAUACUCCUCGCCCCCGAAUCCGGCCGUUAACAUUUGCGGGUGUUGAUCUUUCUUCUUCAACAUCUGCAGUGCCUCGUGUCACCUCGUCUGUUCCUGUUACUAGAGUUCAAGGACCUCCUACAACCACGAGUACAGCGACAGCAAUAGCGUCUCCGCGGGGCUUCUCCCUCUCUUACCUACGACGAGUCCCGGAACUCUCCCUCUUGGCUCGAAAAGUUACCGAGGCAGAGGCGAGGCGGCGCGUACGUGAAGAGAGGAAGAAACCCAAAGAGGCCGCAGAAGCAGUUGGCGGCGCUACAUCAAACAGGUUCAGGAGUUCUAAAUCCAUACCCAUCCCUGAAGAUAGGCUCGCAGGCAAGAUGAAGCGCCUAUUUGAAUGGGCCAUCCGGGCACUGCAUAAGGAGGGAUCGAUCGUUCUGUGGGAUGGCCCGGUUCACCCUUGUGCAUCAGUGUCUGCAGAUGACACUAGUCGCUUGUGGAAAGCGAACAAUUCCACCAUGUCAAACAUGACAGCAAAUAGCACUUUAUUCAGCUCGAGUUCCCUUGCAGGGUUAUCGCAGCUUGAGGACGACGACGGGUACCUCUCUGACCCACAAGAGGGCGAGGAGGCGUAUUCCCCCGUUACACCUGACUACCUUACUGAACAUGUCGAGAAGGCCAUGAAAGGAAUGCGUCCAACAGGCCGGGGACAGAUAACAGUAGACGGGAUAUUACGUGCACUUAAGAAAGACGACCGGUGGCGAAAUUUGGGCUCGUGGAGUGUUGGUGACACACUGGAGCUGAUGUGCAAACAUGGGCGGUUGAGGGAGUUGGGCCAUGGGAUAUGGGAUUUGGUAAGUUAA